AGGCUCCAUCCGCGCAGGCCUUCGCUAGGAAGCGGGAGGCUAGAGCCGGCCGCAGCUGCACCCCUGCAGAGUCCAGGCGGCCUGGGCCCGGCGGCGGCGCAGAAAGGGUUUGGCUGAGGAAAUGGCCUCCAGUACUGGAAACGAAAAGAGCGUGAACCCUGUGCUCAGAAUAAGUCAACUGGAUGCCCUUGAGCUGAACAAAGCCCUGGAGCAGCUUGUGUGGACCCAGUUCAGCAGCUGCUUCAGCGGCUUUAAACCGGGAGUGCUGGCUCACCUGGAGCCAGAAAUCAAAGCUUUCCUGUGGCUCAUACUGUGGAGAUUCACCGUGUAUUCCAAGAACGCCACCGUGGGACAGGCCAUCCUGAACAUCCAGUACAAGAACAACUUCUCUCAGACUGAGAAAUACCAAGCCCUGAGCAGGCAGCAGAAGCUGUGGUACCUCCUUUUCACCGUCGGUGGCAGGUGGCUGGAAGAAAGAUGUUACGAUUUGUUCAGCAACCGCCAGCUGCGGUCUCUCUGCAGGGUCAAGAGCGUGCUGGGGUUUGGAACUGGACUGGUGAAGCUCUGUGGCCUGCUCAACUUCCUGGUCUUCCUCCAGCAGGGCAGCUUUGCGACGCUGACGGAGCGCGUCCUGGGCAUCCGGGCGGUGUUCUGCCGGCCGCAGGGCGUGCGCCAGGUGGGCUUUGAUUACAUGAACAGGGAGCUCCUGUGGCACGGCUUUGCUGAGUUCCUCAUCUACCUGCUGCCCUUUAUCAACCUACAGAGAAUCAGACUCAAGGUUUCUUCCUGGUGUUCGCCCGUGGCGGGGCUGCCCGGCAGCGAGCAGGCAGCGGCAGCUCAGCGCAAGGAGUGCUCGCUGUGCGGGGAGUGGCCUUCCCUGCCUCACACCAUCGGCUGCUCCCAUGUCUUCUGUUACUACUGCAUUAAAAGCAACUAUUUGCAUGAUCUGGACUUCACAUGUCCUAAAUGUGGCUCGGAGGUGCACAGCCUGCAGCCACUCAAGUAUAAAAUUGAAAUGACAGAACUGCAUGCCUGAGAUGAGGGUGAGGCAAAGUGUGGGGCAAAGGUGAAUGUAAAAAGCUCAGAAGUUACUGUAAACACAACUUAAAGGUGGUGUUGGAGACACUGUGAUUGGUGUAAUGUCUGUCUUCACUGGGUUGAGUUUUUCACUGACUAACAGUGCCAGCUUGCCUCUCUGAAGGGAGGAAAAGACAGGAGUUUACUGUUCUCUCAAGACUUCUUGUUCCCACUUAGGUACCCUGGUGCUGUCAAGUCAUUCCCUCUUAGAGUGUCAGCCUGCCCAGUCCUGCCUCAGAGAUGGAGAAGCAGGAGGACAAGGGAUAUC